AUGUCUACAACCCCCACCACAACCCUUUCAUCAGGAAGCCAUGAACAUCACCACCACCACCGCGCACGACGGCUCCGCAACUUCGUCCUGCCUGAUGGCCGCGAAGUCCACAUCGCUCUCUCCCCAGAAGACGCAGAAGUCCUCCGGCAACGCCUCAACGCAAUCCGCAAGCCAGACGAGCCGUUCGACCUCGUGAUCAACGGCUCGCCAGAACAUCUCGACCAUCUACGCACUGCUCACACACACCACGAGAGCCGUCGAGAAGCUCUCAAGCAGAAGCAUGGUGAGGCUUUCGAUGAGUUUGAGAAUGUGAGGGCGGAGUUGGAAGCGUUGGGGAGUGAUCUGCAUAUAUUGACUGAUCAUGCGGUUUCGCUGGAUGCCAAUUUUAACAAGUAUGGGUAUAGUGCUCAUUUGAGGACUUUUGAUCACUCAGAGCCCGGGAGUAGUGCGAGUAGUAUUAGUGGAUUUCAUGAUCCUGAUCAUGGGAAGAAGGACUGGGAUGCUGAGAAGAGAAAUGGGAGGAUCAUGAAGGUCUAUAAGAAGCCCACUGUCCGACAGUACUUCCAUAAAGGCCUUCUCUGGAGAGCAUCUGAGACUACCGAGGUAGCAUCGUUUGAACUCUUCGUCGACCUUUUAUAUGUCGGAAUUCUGGCUAUCAACGGUGACCACGUAGGAGAAGAUCCCACUGGUCAUGAACUGCUUCGGUUCAGCAUUACUUUCAUCAUGAGUUGGAAGAUCUGGAGCGAUUUGGCUCUUGUAAUUUCAUGGUUCGAGACGGAUGAUAUCCUCCAGCGAAUUUCCGUGAUCAUAAUCAUGGUUUGUCUCUUUGGACUCACAACGAACAUGAUAGAAGGCCUGCAUGAUACCUACACUAUGCUAGUAUCUUUCUAUCUUGCCUCCCGCUUCUUCAUGGGCUCCUACUACGUCAUGCUCGCAGGUACCGUUCCUAUGGUUCGGGGCGUAAUGCUCUCUCAAGCCCUCCUAACCCUCAUCCCUGGGGUAAUCUGGAUUGCAAGCAUCCACGUCGAAUACCCUCAGCGUCUCGGCUUGAUCUGGACAGCAAUAUUCAUCGAACUCACAGCAGGCAUGUUUCUUGUAAUCAUUAUCCGAGGAGGCAAGUUCGUUUCCAAACGUCUUGGAGAGUGGUCAGAUCGUAUCUUUGAGUUCUAUCCUGCUGUUAAUAUCGAGCACAAGACCGAACGCACGAAUGCUUUCGUGGCGCUCGUAUUUGGGUAUUCCGUCGUGGCUAUCAUCUUCCAGAAUGCAGCUCAUUUCGGAAUGAACGCUUUCUUUGGCAAAGCAGCGCUAGGACUUGUGCAGGCAUUUUGCUUCAAUUGGAUUUAUUUCGAGUUGGAUGGAGCAGAUCUGUUCCAGCAUGCUAUUCGAAGGAACGUUGCUUCCGCUAUGCUUUGGGGAGCUGUCCAUCUACCAUUUAUCAUGGGUUUCAUUCUCGCGGCAGGCUCACUUUCGAAACUGGUUGUUGCUACAGACUGCCAUGAUGCAGAGCUAGAAGACUUGACAGAAUUCUACCAGGAGAAGUCUGAGCAUGAGCUUCCAAUCGGUCUGCGGUGGUUCUACUGUGCCGGAUUAGGAAUCGCAUUGUUUUGCAUGGGCCUAAUCUCAAUCUCCCACGUCCACAAAGACGCCGAAGGGACUCGCAUCCCCAAACGCUUCCGGCUCCUCAACCGCUUCGCCGUCUGCAUAAUCCUCCUCUGUCUUCCCACCGCCCACGCCCUCAAUUCCCUCCAACUGAUCGCCACAACGACUGGUCUCACGAUCUGGGUCCUGAUGCUGGAAUUAUGGGGUAUGAGUUGUUGGGGCGAGAGUUUCUUCGGCGAGAAGAGAGCUUGUAAGUAUACGGCCCGAUGCAAGAUCUCGAAGAAAGAUUUAGAGAGUGCGGUGAAGGGCGGGCAUGUUAUCAAGGUGGAGGAGCUGAAGGACAGAGGGGAAAAGGGGAUGUAUGUUGGUGCUUGA